GGGAUAGCGCGAACGCAGUCCCCCACUACCAAAAAUUACACGUUCCAUCUGCCCCAGUUUGGGGUAGUGGCAGGGGUCAACUCAAUCAGAGUGCAAUGAAUGAGCCUUUCCCUGGGGAAGCCACCUUCUUGAUCAUGGCAUUCCCAACGCCAAAAUGAUCCUACAAGAAACACUUGAUUGCUGGUUUUUACGUGAGUGCCAAGUUUAACUAGAUUAUGAGACAUGUAAAUGUCUUCCACAUGUGCAGUACGGGAAGUAUGGCAUUACCUUGGCACCCAAAUGAUGCUGACUCAGUGGGGGUUCGCCAGAAAUGUGUAGUUCAGAAGACAAGUUAAAGAUGUCAGCUGCAGUAAAGGUUUCUAACAGUUGUAUGGAUUUUUCCAUACGCCUCUAUGAAGCAUGCUCAGAGAAGAACCUAGGUAAGGAUAUUUUCUUUUCUCCUUUCAAUGUUUUUUCGGCUCUGGGAAUGACGUUAGUAGGAGCGAGGCACAAUACGGCUUCACAGAUGAAAGUCACUCUUGGAUUUGGAGAACUUGAUGAGAAAGAUAUUCAUGAUGGAUUUCAUGAAAUGAUCACACAUCUCAGUAAAGCUUCAAAAAGUGGAGACCUGUAUGUAGCUAACCGUCUUUACCUGCAGAAUGAUUUCAGUGUCUUACCCACGUAUUCUAAUGCUCUGGAAGAAAAGUAUGGAUCUUCCUGUGCUAGUGUUGACUUUGUGAAUAAUCCAGGGGAAGCUGCAGCCUCCAUCAACAGGUGGGUAGCAGAAAUGACAAAAGGAAAAAUCCAAGAUUUGAUCCAGGAAUCAGCUGUCAAUCACCUUACAAGAAUUAUUAUCACUUGUGCAAUAUACUUCAAGAAGACAUGGACAUACAAGUUUUCAAGAUUUAAUACAAGCAAAGCACCAUUUUACAUCAGCAAAGACAACUCGAUUGAAGUGGAACUAAUGUUUGAAGGAAACAAAGAAUUUGGUUUUGCUGGAAGUAAGGAAUUAGGAUGCAAAGCCCUUGAACUCCUCUAUGCAGAUGGGCUCACUCGAAUGCUGAUUCUCCUUCCGGAUGAGAUAGAUGGAAUUGAAAAAGUUGAAAAGGCUCUUACACCAAAGGCAUUGAGUGAUUUGCUAGCCAAGCUAAACCGACAGUCUGUCCAAGUCUGGCUACCUAAGUUUAAACUUGAAAAUAUGUUUUCUCUCUCCAAAAUCUUGUUUCAAAUGGGAAUGGAAGAUCUGUUUUUAUCUGGUCAAGCUGAUCUCUCUGGUAUUACAGGAUGUUCUGAUCUCUUUGUGGAUGAUGUUGUUCAUAAAACUUUCAUUGAAGUUAAUGAAGAAGGAACUGAAGCAGCUGCAGCCACAGCAGUUUCUAUUCAACUAACAUCUGCUUUUUUUGCUGAAAAACCUGAAGUUUUCCGUGCUGAUCACCCAUUCCUUUUUCUGAUCAUUGAAAAGACAUACAACACAGUGCUCUUCAUGGGAGCUUUGAAAUCUCCCAGUCCUGCUUAAAGAGUGGUAACUUAACUAGUUAUUGCACAUGACCAACAAAAUUACUGUACUGACAUUUGUUGAUCAGUCAAUCAAGUGUCCAGAAAUUAUGUUAACACAGUUAUUUAAUUGUAUUUCAGGAGUUUGAAUCUCUACUAAAUGACUUAUUAGACCAGUAAAAGCACAAGGGCCCAACAGGAGUUUCAACACAUUCAGAAAUAACUAUUAAUAAAUUUGUUAACAUAAUAUCCAGGCACUCUGUAUGUAUGUAUAAUAAUUACAAAAUUAUUUCAUUUCUACCAGGUCCUAUUUUUAUUGUAUUAAGCAUUUUUUUAAAUCAUGCUCACUGUGUUUUAUAUAUUACUCUUUAAAUGAUUAUGAUUUGACAGUAUUCUUAUUAAGCUACAAAUGCACAGUGAUUUAUAUUUAUUUCUGUUUCUAGUUUGUUUUGAGAAUGACUAGUGAAACACUUGGAAAUGUUAACUACUUGAGAAUAGAUUUAAAUACUCUUAUCCCUUUUAUCUCUUUGGGUUUUUGUACUAUUGUAAAUACCUGAUUAACAACUUUGUCAUAAUAAAUCUGGGAAUUACAAACAACUAAUUCCAUGAACAAAAGUUAUUUCAGAGUAUGAAGAAUUUUGUAUUUCUUUCUUUAAAUAAAAGCUUUAUAAUUAU